AUGACAAAAAGGUAUCUUCAAUAACAUUGCCUUGUAAAUGAAAAUUACAUUUUAAAAUUUGGUUUUGCGCCUAAAAGGCAUAAAAUAUAUGCUGAAUAAAUGUACUCGUUUCUUUUCAAAAGUACUUACAAAGAACUUGGUACUUAUAAGCGAAAAGAGACGGGAGACCCACCUCUUCGUUCUUUUGCGGCGAGAGUUGCCAACCGGUUGGCUGCGGUUGUUGUUCAUUAUAAAACUUUUCAUCAUGUCUAUUAGGGCAGCCAGUGCACUUCGUCAUUUUUCGCACUCUCUCCUCUUGCCUUCGAGAUUCGGCCCUGCUGCAUCAUGGCGUCUGUUUGCCACCACCAACCCAGCAGCAGCCAACCAGCAUGUCAAACUGGAGAAACAGGGAGAUGUGGCCAUCCUCCGGCUAGAUUCACCUGGAAAGGUGAACGUGCUGAACCAGCCGGUGAUGGAGGAGAUGGCGGAGGCCAUGAAGGCCGUGCAGGCUGACCCCUCCGUCAACGCCGCCGUGCUCAUCUCCAGCAAGCCGGGCAACUUCAUCGCCGGCGCCGACAUCAGCAUGCUUGAGCGUGUGCAGAGCGUGGAGGAGGGGCAGGCGCUCUCCAAGGCCUGCCAGGACCUGCUGGACGAGAUGGAGGCCAGCAAGAAGCCGUUCGUUUCGGCCAUCAUGGGCACCGCGCUCGGCGGAGGACUGGAGGUAGCGAUGGCCACCCACUAUCGUGUGGCCGUCAAGGGCAAGGCGUCGCUGGGCGUUCCGGAGGUGCUGCUGGGCCUGCUGCCGGGCGGCGGCGGCACACAGCGGCUGCCGCGGCUCACCUCCGUGCCCAACGCGCUCGACAUGGCGCUCACCGGCAAAAUGGUCAAGGCCGACAAGGCCAAGAAGCUGGGUCUGGUGGACGCGCUGGUGAACCCGCUCGGACCGGGCCUCAAGGACCCCGACACCAGGACUCUCGAGUACCUGGAAGAAGUGGCUGUGAAGACGGCCUCGCAGCUCGCUUCCGGCAAACUGAAGCCGAAGCGGGAGAAGGGCAUGAUGGACAAGGUGAUGAACUUCGCGCUGAAAUACGACUACCCGAAGAACUUUGUGUUCAACAAGGCGCGGGCUCAGGUGAUGAAGCAGACCAAUGGCCUCUACCCGGCGCCGCUCAAGAUUCUGGACGUGAUCCGCGCCGGUGUGGACGGCGGCUUCAAGAAGGGACUCGAGGCCGAGUGUCGCGGCUUCGGUGAGCUGGCCGUGACGCCCGAGUGCCGCGGUCUGAUCGGACUCUUCCACGGUCAGACCGAGUGCAAGAAGAACCGCUUCGGCAAGCCGCAGCACAAAGCGCAGAAGCUAGCGGUGCUCGGUGCCGGUCUGAUGGGCGCCGGUAUCGCCCAGGUGUCAGUCGACAAGGGCAUGCAGUGCAUCCUCAAGGACAUGAACACCAAGGGCCUGGCGCGCGGCAUCAACCAGGUGGAGGCCGGCAUCAAGAAGAAGGUCAAGCGCCGCGCCAUCACCAGUUUCCAGGGCGAGCAGUACAUGUCGAACCUGAUCCCGACCAUCACCUACGAGGGCUUCGACAAGGCCGACAUGGUGAUCGAGGCGGUGUUCGAGGACCUGGCCAUCAAGCACAAGGUGCUGCAGGCCACGGAGGAGGUGAUCCCCGAGCACUGCAUCUUCGCCUCCAACACGUCCGCGCUGCCCAUCACCAAGAUCGCCGCUGUCAGCAAACGGCCCGAGAAGGUAAUCGGCAUGCACUACUUCUCGCCGGUGGACAAAAUGCAGCUACUGGAGAUCAUCACUACCGACAAAACCUCCAAGGACACCGCCGCCUCCGCUGUCGACGUGGGCCUGCGCCAGGGGAAGGUGGUGAUCACGGUCAAGGACGGACCCGGCUUCUACACCACUCGCAUCCUGGCGCCCAUGCUGGCCGAGAACAUCCGCGUGCUGCAGGAGGGCGCCUCGCCCAAGGACCUGGACCGGCUCACCAAAAACUACGGCUGGCCCGUCGGCAUGGCUACGCUCGCCGAUGAAGUCGGUCUGGACGUGGCGAUGCACGUGUCUGCCGACCUGGGGGCUGUGUUCGGCGAACGCUUCAGCGGCGGCAACGUCGAGGUCAUCAAGGAGAUGGUGGAGGCCGGCUUCAUGGGCCGCAAGUCCGGCAAGGGCAUGUACCUCUACCCCAAAGACACCAAGGAGCGGCCGAUCAACGAGGGCGCGCUGGAGAUCCUGAAAAAGUACUCGCUGGCGCCACGCGGCCUCAGUUCGGACGCCGAUAUUCAGCUGCGACUUGUGGCGCGCUUCGUCAACGAGGCGGUGCUGUGUCUGCAGGAGGGCAUCCUCGCCAGCCCGGUGGAGGGUGACAUCGGUGCCGUGUUCGGUCUCGGAUUCCCGCCAUUCACCGGCGGACCGUUCCGCUUCGUGGACCGCAUCGGCGCCGGUCAGCUGGUUAAGGCCAUGGAGCGCUUCGCCGCCGUUUACGGCGUCGGCUUCGAGCCGUGCCAGCUGCUGCGCGACCAGGCGGCCAGCGGCGCCAAGUUCUACCCGGCCAAGUAGGCGACCGGUCGGGCUCGUGUAAUGCCGACAUGUGAUCACUCCCGAGAGCGUAUGCAUGGGAAGCCGCUCCGCAUGUGUGACAGCGCCGGGCCACGCAGGUCCGUUGUUAUCCGUGAGUUUAUUAGGCGCCAGUUUUGGGGACAGUUGAGUAAUACCGCUCGCCAACGUGCGCCGUUGCCUUGUGACACCAGUGAAGUGAUCGGAUGAUCGAUGCGGUGGAUGUGUGGAGCGUCUGUGGAACAGCCGCGGCGCAGGGAGUCUGGGAGGAUGUGUGAACUACGCCCACUCUGCGCGCGGCCGGCCGGGUGUGGUCGACCCGACCGGCCGCGGCGGCCCGUCCACCGUCGUCAGCCCCCUGUCCACUCCACCUCGGACAGGCGGCCGGCCGAGAGUGUGAAACAGACCAUUAUCAAUGCAAUCGUAGUGUAAACGAAUUAUUGGAAAAGAUUCAUGGUCAAUAUACCUUGUGGUUCGUACA